AUGUCCGUGCAAGAGAAAUUGGUCCUCGAGGAGGAGGACAAUGAAUAUGACUACGAGGGCUUGCCGCCAAACUUCAGUCUGGCAGCCAACAUGGCAGCCGGCGCCUUUGCCGGUGUCGCCGAACACUCGGUCAUGUACCCCAUUGACUUGUUGAAGACACGAAUGCAAGUCAUGAGCCCGACGCCCGCGGCCAUCUACACCGGUCUCGGAAAUGCGAUCGCUACUAUUUCAAGAGCCGAGGGUUACUUGUCAUUAUGGAGGGGCUUGUCGAGUGUUAUCGUGGGAGCCGGUCCUGCGCACGCCGUCUACUUCGCUACAUACGAGGUUGUCAAGCAACAGAUGGGUGGAAACGCUGCUGGUCACCACCCUCUUGCAGCAGCAACCAGUGGUGCUUGCGCGACCAUUGCCAGUGACGCCUUCAUGAACCCCUUCGAUGUCAUCAAGCAGCGCAUGCAAGUACACGGAAGUGUCUACACAUCUCUCACUCAAUGCGCACGCUCCGUCUUCCGCAACGAGGGCCUCCGCGCCUUCUACGUCUCAUACCCCACCACUCUCGCCAUGACCGUCCCUUUCACCGCUCUCCAAUUCACCGCCUACGAAUCAAUCACGAAAUUCAUGCACCGCCGCCCUGGCUACGACCCCUUGACUCACUGUACUGCUGGAGGUCUCGCCGGUGGUAUCGCCGCCGCUGCCACAACUCCCCUCGAUGUUAUUAAGACUUUGUUGCAAACUAGAGGAAGCUCUACCGAUGCCGAGAUCAGAAAUGCCAAGGGCUUGUUUGACGCUGCUGGUAUCAUUGCGAGAAGAGAUGGCGCAAAGGGUUUCUUCAGGGGCAUGAAGGCUAGAGUUGUUACUGCUGCACCUAGCACUGCUAUCUGCUGGUCUGCCUACGAGGUCGCCAAGGCAUACUUCAUCCGCGCCGAGGAGGCCAAAUGA